CAGGCGCCGUUUUGCCAGAGAGCCGAGGACCGCGUCGGUGCUGGUGGGUUGGGAGAGUGGCGGCUGUGGGAGGGCAAGGCAAGGCAAGGGACGCUCACUCGCUGUCACCGUCCCGGCUCCCGAACUUCUGGUUUUCAAAGCAUCCCAACUCGGCCCAGGACGCGGCUGUGCGUCGGAACCGACUUGGCGUUGGUGGUUGCCACCCUUAGGUCCCAGACGCGCCCCUGCCCCUCUGCGGCGGCGACACAGCGCGCGGGGACGCUUCGGUGCGCGCACAGCAGUUCCUAGAUGGCUGCGAGUGGUUCCUAAACAUUAACCGGCGCCCGAGCCAGCGUGCGCGGAGAGCGCUGCUAGCGUUCCGAGGGAGGACCGGAGGGACCCGCUGGGGACCGUGGCAGAUCCGAGGAAAUUGACAGCGGUGCUGAACGUUCAACUUUGGGAAGUAACUGCUUCCCGUCGGCCUUUGAAUCUGGGCCCCUCUUCCUGGGUUGCACAGACCUCCGCAUCCACGACAAGAUGGAAAUCUUCUAUGAAGGUGGAAGCCAUUAACAGAGUAAUUGCUGUCUGUUGCCAUGACAACCAGCCGCUGCAGUCACCUGCCCGAAGUCUUGCCAGACUGCACCAGCUCAGCUGCGCCUGUGGUGAAGACCGUGGAGGAUUGUGGCAGCCUAGUGAAUGGGCAGCCACAGUAUGUCAUGCAAGUUUCAGCCAAGGACGGGCAGCUGCUGUCAACAGUAGUACGGACUCUUGCCACCCAGAGCCCCUUCAAUGACCGGCCAAUGUGCAGGAUCUGCCAUGAGGGCAGCAGCCAAGAGGACUUGCUCUCUCCAUGUGAGUGUACUGGGACCUUGGGGACAAUCCAUCGGAGCUGCCUGGAGCACUGGCUGUCAUCCUCAAAUACCAGCUACUGUGAACUCUGCCACUUCAGGUUUGCAGUGGAGCGCAAACCCAGGCCGUUAGUGGAGUGGCUCAAAAACCCUGGCCCCCAGCAUGAGAAGCGGACUCUGUUUGGAGACAUGGUGUGCUUCUUGUUCAUAACGCCCCUGGCGACCAUCUCAGGCUGGCUGUGCCUGCGGGGUGCCGUGGACCACCUGCACUUUAGUAGCCGGCUGGAAGCCGUGGGACUGAUUGCUCUCACUGUGGCACUCUUCACGAUUUACCUCUUCUGGACACUAGUGUCAUUUAGGUACCACUGUCGAUUGUACAACGAAUGGCGUCGGACCAAUCAGAGGGUGAUUCUCCUCAUUCCAAAGUCUGUCAACGUACCUUCUAACCAGCAGUCCUUGCUGGGGCUCCACUCAGUCAAGAGGAACUCAAAGGAGACAAUUGUUUGAUGUCUGUAUGGUCAGUUGGUGGACUCAUUGUCUGAGGUUUGGAAGUCUGCACUGGGACCAUGCACUGAGCCACCCCAAAGCCCUUCCCUUAGUCGUGUGGGUCUGAGAACAUCUGGAGCCAUGUUACCACGUCGCCUGAGGAACGAAUUCAGACAGAAGGAGACAAAUGCUGUUUGACUUCAAAAUCACGGAUGCUGCACUCAUAGGACACUUGCUAAGCUGCCAAACGUGUCUAUUUAGCAGAUACUGUAUGGGAUUUUCUGAACACCUCUUUACCAUAUGAGGAAGGUUGUCCUGCUGAGGAUGCAAUUCAAUUCUUCCUUUUUUUUUUUUUUUUACUAUUUCAAAUAUAUAUAUAAAUAUAUAAUUUAGAUGAUAAUCAAAAUUGAAAAGCUGGUACAAACUGUACAAACUGGUUUCUUGGUUUGGAUGGGUUUUGUUUGGGUUAAUUCAUUUUCCAGUUUCUACUGUGGAUUCUUCCGGUGGCUAACUUGAUAGCUUGAGUGGUCUUUUUCAUCUCUUUCCCGUCCCUUACUCAAGGAGACAGCAUAAUUACUGCAGAACCAGUCACAUUUGAAAUGUGUUUUGUACUAAACCUCAUUUAGUUAUUCAGUUUUUAAAGGGAAAAAAGGCGUGGCAACUCGCCACACAGUGAGCUGUUUAUUUAAAUAUUCUUGAGGAAGAAAUCCAUACUGAGAAACUCGCUCCUUUCAACUUGUUUGGUACUGACAGCUGAUAGAAGCUAUUUUCUAAUAAUAAAUAUCCGGUGUGUGAAAGACAA